UAUUCUUCAAUUCUUCUUUCACGUGGUUUAUUAACAAUAAAAAAAAAAGUAAGUAAAACGGGUAAAUUUUGAUUUGACCAACUCGUUGAGCAUAAAAAUACUAACUUUUCCAAAUAAAAAAUCCCAACAUAUUGUCCGGGGAAUAAACUAUAUUCAUUUCCAAGUUUAAAUGUGCACACCGCUUCACUAUUGUUCUAUGGCUUCACAGUAUUUUUUUUUAAAUAUCGGCCUUCUCAGCGCUCCUAGCGGACAUUGUUCGCGUUAAAUUUCGUCAAAUUACGACACCGAGUGACAACAGCAUGAUCAAAGAUAUCUCGUGGUGACCAUAAAUUGUUCAUAAUUAUAGUGACUACACCUGUGACUUCAUCGUAUCAUCUACAUCGUGCCAUCGUGGGUUAUCCUUUGGUUUCAAGUCGAACUUAAUCGUAUUCUCUGCGUCUGGAAGAAGUAUACUGAGUAAAAACAACUAUUAUGGACAUUGAUAUCCGUGGUUUGAUAGACGAAGAAGAUGAUGAUAAUCAAGAAGAAAUGACUGCACAGAAGGUAUUACAAAAUGUUGAAAGGGCUUGGCUAAAUGAAAAAUUUAGUCCAGAAAUACUGCCGCAUCAGACAGACUAUGUUGAUUGUUUGUUAGAACAAAUUAAGGGGAUGGAAGGAAACCUUGCCAAAUUAUCAAAAACUGAUCCCAAAGUGGACUUGCACAAACUCGAACUAGAACGUAUUAAAUUUGUGAUAACUAGCUACUUGCGAACUAGGUUGAAGAAGAUAGAAAGUUUUUGUGUGAGUGUGCUUGAAGAAGAAGCCUCUCGUUCUGAAGAGGAUGCAUAUUUAUCACCUGGAGAGUUGAAAUUUGCCAAAGAAUUUGCUCUGAAUGCCGACAAUCAUUUUGACACUAUACUCCGGCAUAUGCCUCAUCUAUACAACAACUUGGAUAGAAAUAAAAAAAUUAUCGAACCCAAUUUAAAUAGUUUUGUUUUUUUAAAAUGUAACAAGCAUAUAGACAGUGUUAUUAUAAAAAACACAUUAGAAGGCCAGGAAGAAGAAAUUGUAUUGGAAGACGGUUCUCAGCAUUUGAUGCCUUAUUGUUCAGUUGCCGAAUUUGUAAAACAUGGUAGUGUUCAAUUGAUCUAAAAUAUUUAAUUAAAAUUCAACAUUCAUUCUUCACUCUUUCCAAGGAAAUUUAUUUUCUAUAAUCAAUUCAAACAUAUAUUGAUUAUAUGCCACCCGUGAUGUAUUUUGAUUGGUUAAAAUAAAGUAAAAUGUAAUAAUCAUUUGAAAUAAACAGAUAUCACAAGAAGUA